GGUGAGGGGCUCGGCGGUGGGAUUUGCGUGGACGUCGGGAGAGUCCGGGUGGUCCAGGCGGAUACCAUUAGCAUGCCGCACGGUGGAUGGACUGGCGGUAGUACCACGUCCGAGGCGAGCUGCGAGGCCGUGCGGAAGGCUUGCCGGGUGCUCGUCGAUCGCUUUAAGCCGAUUCAUGAAAAGAGAAUGGCUGAGUGCCGGGAUGGAGAGACGGUGUCGUCGUGGGAAUCCCUCGUUCUUGCUGCAAAGAAUGCUCGGGUCGAGAUGGCCGCGCAAACUGCCUUCGUUUCGUCGCCUGAGGCCCUGACGUACAUAAACUAUGGUGCUGCUGCUAGUGAGGUUGAGAUCGAUGUUCUCACUGGCGAGUACGAAAUUCUCCAAACCGACAUUGUCUACGACUGUGGGAAGAGCAUAAAUCCGGCCGUGGACAUUGGGAAGAUCGAGGGUGCGUUUGCUCAAGGCGUGGGAUUCUUUACAUCCGAGGAGCAUCGCCACGACGAUCAAGGAAAGCUUAUAAACGAUGGAACAUUUUUCUUUCCUUUGCUGUUCCUUAGAGAUCGUCUUGAUCGAGCUCCUUGACUUGAAUUGUGUAGCUUCUGGAGAGCCACCUUUGCUCCUGGCAUCGUCAGUGCACGGUGCUCUCAGGCACGCCAUAGCUGCUGCUCGUAAGAACCUCUGCGAUCCGGAGCCUUAUUUCCAGCUGGACGCCCCAGCCACGAUAGACAAGGUGCGAAUGCUUUGCGGCGUCGAAAACAUAGAGCUUUAUCUCAAAGCUUAAGAGGUAUCGCAAGCUUUUCUCGAGCUGUAAACUAUCUAUGGUAUAAGGACAGUAGAGCCAGUUGUUCUUC